GCGCGCUCUCCCCGCUCUCCCCUCUCUCUCAGCGUGUCAGCGGGCGGCAGUAUGGCAGCUCACAUGGUUUGAAUAAGGAGGCACUGAGGGAAGAGUCUGAAGGUCUUUGGGUGUUUGUGAAGAGAGGAGUCGCUCUGACAGGGAGGCCAAGAGAACACAGGCCGAGAAUGUCCAAGAUCUCCAAGGCGGUCAAGGCGGUGAAGAAGGUGGAUGUAGGUGGCGUGAUCCGAGCGAUCGUUCGAUCAGGGCAGGCUGCACCUGGACCCCCGCUGGGCCCUGUUCUAGGACAGAGAGGAAUCCCAAUCGGCGCAUUUUGUAAAGAUUUUAACGAGAAAACCAAAGAGCUCAAAGAAGGCAUUCCUCUACCCAUCAAGAUCAACGUUAAGCCGGACAGAACGUACGAACUGAAGAUCGGGCUGCCCACUGUGUCUUACUUCUUGAAACAGGCCGCGGGCAUCGAGAAAGGAGCUGGGAAAACUGGGCAUGAGACAGCCGGGAUGGUGUCUGUGAGGGCGGUGUAUGAGAUAGCACGGGUCAAAGCCCAGGACGAAUGCUUCAAGCUGCGGGACGCCUCCAUGCAGACAGUGGUCAAGAGCAUCAUCGGCUCAGCCAGAUCCCUCGGCAUCCAAAUCGUCGACGACUUGUCACCCGAAGAGUACGGGGAGUUUCUCCGACAGCGAGAGGAGAAGCUGAAGGAGGAAGCUGCAGCCGCCGCCGAGGCCCCCGCGGGGAAGAAGAAAUAACAGAAAUCACAGUGGAUCUGCCUGUCGUGUAUUUAUACUGCAUAGCUGUCACCAGCACACCCGAGCAAUACGGGGGGAACAUUUAGUUUUGGCAAACUUGAAUUUAAGCAUUGUCUCUUUGGUAAUAAAAUACCCGUGUUUUACACUCUCUGCUGCAGUCUGGGUGCGUACUGUGCUUCAGUUUUAGGAACAGACUAUUCUUUUUUGGUUCUUUUGCUAUUUGCGUCUCUUAGGAAUGUCCCGAUCCAAUCCGAUCUGAUCUGAGUAUGUUAAAAAAAAUCUGAUAAAAUAAAUGAGCCCUGUGACUUAGACAGGAUGUGCUGUUAAUGAACACUAGUAAAGAUUUUAUAUAUAGUGUUUAAUUCCUUGCAAUCCAGUCCAAAUGACUUCCUAAUUCAGCUCCCCAUUCCACCUUAAAUUAUACAGAAGUUACACUCUGCUGCUGAAAUUUCUGCACUAUUUAAGGUGGAAUGGGGAAUUAGAAUGAAAAGGCAACUUUAAACCUUGUUUGAUGUUUGGAAAUUUGAAUUUAAACAGUGUCUCUCUUUGCUAAUAAAAAAAACCUGUGUUUUACACUCUCUGCUGCAGUCUGGGUGCGUACUGUGUUUCAGUUUUAAGAACACACUCUUUUUCUACCUUCUUCUGAUCUUUGUGUUCCUUAGGGAUGUUCUGAUUCAAUCCGAUCUGAUCUGAGUACAUUAAUGCUGACUGUUGGGCAAUACUGAUCAGUCAAAAAAAAUCUGAUAAAAUAAAUCAGUCCUGUGACUUCGACAGGAUGUGCUGUUAAUGAACACUAGUAAAGAUUUUAUAUAUAGUGUUUAAUUCCUUGCAAUCCAGUCCAAAUGACUUCCUAAUUCAGCUCCCCAUUCCACCUCAAAUUAUGCAGAAGUUACACUCUGCUGCUGAAAUUUCUGCACUAUUUAAGGUGGAAUGGGGAAUUAGAAUGAAAAGGCAACUUUAAACCUUGUUGGAUGUUUGGAAAUUUGAAUUUAAACAGUGUCUCUCUUUGAUAAUAAAAAAAACCUGUGUUUUACACUCUCUGCUGCAGUCUGGGUGCGUACUGUGUUUCAGUUUUAAGAACACACUCUUUUUCUACCUUCUUCUGAUCUUUGUGUUUCUUAGGGAUGUUCUGAUUCAAUCCGAUCUGAUCUGAGUACAUUAAUGCUGACUGUUGGGCAAUACUGAUCAGUCAAAAAAAUCUGAUAAAAUAAAUCAGUCCUGUGACUUAGACAGGAUGUGCUGUUAAUGAACACUAGUAUAGAUUUUAUAUAUACUGUUUAAUUCCUUGCAAUCCAGUCCAAAUGACUUCCCUAUUCAGCUUCCAGUUCCGCCUUAAAUUAUACAGACGUUAUAUUCUGCUGCUGAAAUUGCUGCACUAUUUAAGGUGGAAUGGGGAAUUAGAAUGAAAAGGCAACUUUAAACCUUGUUGGAUGUUUGGAAACUUGAAUUUAAACAGUCUCUCUCUUUGAUAAUAAAAUACCGGUGUUUUACACUCUC